AUGGAGGAGGCGUCCCACCAACAUGCGCCAAAAAGGCAGAGGAGACAAUACCGGAGUUGUGAUAACUGUCGCAAGGGCCGGCGGGCUUGCGAUGCGGUAUCUUUGGGCAUCAACCCUCUACAAACGAACAGCGCGGGCGCGGGGACCAGCUCUGCAGCGAUAGCCUGCUCGACGUGUCGACGCGCGAACAAGGAAUGCACAUUCACUUGGCUCCAGGAUCUUCCUCGGGGGACAUUGCCUGAAAGUCUGAAGCAGAAAUUCAGCAGGCGCUAUGACCCUGCCUUACAUACCAGAGGAGAGUCCUCACAAGGGCCUCGACACCCGUCACAGUCCAACUUCCCACCGGGUGCCAGUUUCAGCGAGACGGCCAGCAUGAGAACAAACUGGACCAUGAGCGGACCAGCUGUAGAAAACACAAACAGCCCGUGGCAAGCACCGCAUCGCGAGCAGGCGGUUCACAGGAACAUUGAGCAGCAAGCAGCAACUACUCUGUGCGCGACUGGGGCAGAUAGCUCCAUUGACACCUUAGGUGCCAGUACCAACUGGCUGGAAAAUAUCGCAUGGUCAGCUUCACCCUUUCCCCACGACCAAGGACAAGAGUUCCGGCAGUCCGGCGCAGCGUACGUGGGAGCCCAAGUAGCGUCCUUCGACGACAGUGGCCAGUCCUCGUCAUUCGAGAGCUGGAAUUCACCCAUGUAUGGCUCGCUCGCUGGGUUUUCCCAGUUCAAUAACGAAGGCUUUAACGAAAUCAACCCAGGUUUACCCUAUCCUCCAGACCAGACAGGGACAUUUCCUCUUACUCUAGACUCGGGCGAUUUGUCUCUACUCACCGAUACAGGACUGAGGAAUAUUCCACCGUAUACAUCACAGGGAGCGGACGAUAUCACAUUCAAUAUGCGCGAGUUUGACCUUACGCAGUCUUUCAGCAAAGGUUUGAUUUCUGACAGACUGCUAAGCAUAUACCAUGACAGUUUUGAGAAUACUCUCUCUUGCUGGGUCACCGUGUCCAAUUGCCCUUACAAGCUGCCCAGACUGCUUCAGGGGAGCCCAAACCAAAGACAGAGGCUCAUCUCAUAUCUGGCGAGUACCGGCUUCUAUCAGCGGAUCAGGAGGCUUGACAACGCCUUUUCGCCUCUCCGAAGACAGUCGUUGAGCCGUGGAGACGGCGCCAGGGUAUCCAAGGCCCUCAUGCUUGCGAUCAUGGCGUUUGCCUGCCAGUGGACUCAUUCUCAUGACAGGGUGCGGCGUUCGCGCGCGACUGACUUGGAAAGCGACGCCCAUGAGCCUCAACAUGCGCCUGGUGAAAACAUGCCAGACACGACCAGCGUGGAUCCUUACGACUUUGAGCGCCUCGUCCAGCAGAGUCUCUGGAACGAGGCGGCGGAGGCUGUGCACGCUUGUCUAAACAUUGACUCUUUCGAGCUAGUAUUUGCUCUAAUGAUAUUCGCCAUCAUGGAGAGACCACUCAAUCCUCGCGGGGCCGAUGUCUACGAGCAUUCGAGGUUGUUCUCUGAUCACAGCAAUUCAUCUGCGGCUUCGUCUGUACCAGCUACAAUUUCGAGGGACCAGGCACUUCCUUCUGCGGAUCGAACAAGAGCCAUCACAGUUGGUAAUGAGCGAUAUCUUGAGAUUGCGCUGCGCCAUUUACUCACCUGGAAGAGGAGAAUCUCCUCGGCCAGACGACAACAAGCGGCGCGAGCUCAGCUUUCCUCGCAGAACAUUUCGAGCUCAUCACAGCCAAUUCUGCUGGAAGAUUACCAAGCGUUUGACAUGCUGUUCUGGUUCAGCAUCAUGUGUGAUACGACGUCGGCGGUUCUGAAUGAGCAGGGCCCUGUGAUCCCCGACGACGACUCGGUCUUCACCCUUGACGACGGGCAACCGGCUUCACAGCCUACAGGAGUCGCCGCACCCUUCGACAGACACAGUCACCCCCCAAGAAGCACCAGUUCGAAUGUUAGUGUCUGGGGAUCCUGUCUGGCAAAUGCUCAACCCGUGUUUGGCGUCCCUGCCGUGCGAUGGCCCUGGCCGCAGGACGUUGGUGAGAGUCUGCUCCAAGAAGCAACGCCUGUCAAGGUACUGCUGUGGAGGAGACUCACGGUCCUCCACGCCUACCUGUCCAAGGAGACACCGCCAGCCGCCAUCGAGAGAUGCAUCGCAGAGACGUUGAAAGUGUAUGAGUACUGGCAACAACACUACGGCGACUUCAUGCUGGACUGCCUCGCGAACCAUGCCCAGUUGCCAUUCAAGAUCCAGUCGUGGUACGUCGUUCUCGGCAGCCACUGGCACCUGGCCGGGCUGCUUCUGGCCCAGUACAUCGACCUGGCGGACGGGACGAUGAAGUCGGAGAGCGUGCAGCGCUCGCUGCGACAGUCGUCGGCACUGGUUUUGGAGCUGCAGAAAGCCAACGCCUACGCCAUCGCCAACCUCGCGAGGGCGGCCAAACCGUCCGAUUCCCGCAUGUCAAGUCAAGACCAGUCCUUCCACUACGCCACCGCCUACGGCGCGCUUGUCACCGAGCCGUGGCCCGAGGUCCUCAACCGCGCUCUUGCAAAGGCCUGUGAAGUGCUGUUGACGUGGCUGUCGUCCACGAAAGAUCCCGCCGCCGCUCUCACCACCUCGCAGCAGGCGUGGAUAUCCGCCAACACCAGCGUGUCCGAGCUGACCCGGCAGUCGACGAGUUGCAUCGACGCCCUCAGCUUCUUGGGGAGUAGCUCUGACCAGGCCCAGUCGACGGCCUCGUCUCUCGAGAGUAGGCUGAAGUCUCUGGGCGUGGGGCCACCGCAGGCUUUUGAUGGUGUGCAUUGGCAGGACUUUGGUUUGGAAAACCUGGUCUAUUGA